AUUUCACUUCCAAACUGUUGAUGACCAGGGAUAGCUGUUGAUUUGUCACACGAUUGUUGCACUUUAAACAACAGAAAAUCAGCGAAAGCAAAAAAAAAGCAUUACAACACAUGAGUAAAACGAGGGGACGUCAAAUGCUAAGGCUCCCAAAUAUAAAACAUGUGAUUAAAACUGCCCGAGGGUGACUCCCAUCUGAUUUUCAACCAUGAGCAAUGUUGGACCUUGUACAUAAGUGUUUCGAUCCAAGUUGUCUCACCUCGUCAACACAGCACAAUAGAAUCAGUUGUAUGGAAGACGAAGCUCUCCAAAUUUAUGUACUGUAAGUACUGAGCAAAUAAAAAAUGAUAAACAUGCGGUCGAGCGAAGGAGUUAAGUUUUGGGAUGAAGUAAAUGUAACAAUAGUGCUUUUAAGUUAGAAGUAAAAUAAAUUAUGAAUCCAUCAACAAUACAACUCGUUUAUAGCUAUGUAACAUUACCUUCAACUAUAGGGUAGUGUUUCCGAUAUUAUUAAUUUUAGGAAGCCUGCAGCUUAAUAUGACCCAAUCUCAGUCAGUCAUAAAGUGGAGCUAUACCUUGUUUUGGAUUAAAAGUUCCCAGUCUUCUUCCAACCUACUCUUACUCCUGUCACGAUUCCCAGUUGAGUUAGGAGGUUGCUAUGAAUGCGUAAUACAUGCUUCAGUGAGUUUGGUUGAUUCAUCCUCCGAAACUGUAAUUAAAGUGGUGUGAAAUAGAUAACAAUUGUUUAGUUACAUUUAUAAUUUAUCUUCUAAAUCUUGAGUUUAGUAUCAUUCUAAGAUUUUCAUAGGGAACGACAGCCUUUUAUCAAAUGUUUUUAGUGAUGACUGAUGGUAUUGUAACCUGUUUACUUUCAUUAUUAGGGAAAUAUGAAUUUCCAGGCAUAAAAAUUCCUUUUAAUGUGGGUGAUAGAUUGAGAUAAACGAUUAGCUGCAAAUAGUUUAAGUCCUUCAUCAAGAUGGUCAAAUCUUCCCGGACGCUGUCAUAAAAUUGGUAUUUCUCAACCCCACUGCUAUUAUUGGCGGGUACGUACCACUUUGUUCUUUGCUUUGAAAGAUACUUUGGUGAUCUUGCAGCUGUGAAUUUCCCAUCCUAUGAACGCUUUUCAUGCUUUUUUGGACAGUAUAUGUUAGACUUCUUGUGCUUGCGGGGCGUUCUCUUUUUAAUAAUCAGAUUACAACAUCAUCUCUCCCAAAGUUAGUCUUUUCCAUGCAGAUUGUGUCCAAUGGGCUUCGCUUAUCUCGAUAAGGGUCAGGUUAUACAUAAUUUCCCCACUAUUUGAAAGACCUCCCCGGUAUAUGAACUUUCUACUUACCGAUGUUAAUUGUUGCUCUGGUUUUUAGGAGGGACAUCGGUCAUCUAACUUUCGAAGAAUGUUAGCUUUCAUCAUGAGAGGUCAUAACUAUUCUCUAUGAAGACCUUUCAACUCACUGCAGAAUUUACAUGGUCUAAGCGGUUGUUUCUGGCUAACGCUUUUUAGCGAGGUUCUUUUCUACGGGGGUUGGGAUCGCUUACUCUCCUUUACUUAGGUUUGAGAGCGUCAGUAAUCGUAGAUAGCUCCUGGUGUUGAGGUUUUUCUGAGGAAUUCCACUUCUUAAAGUUUUUGUACGCCACGGUUUAAAUCUCUCAUGCUACUGAAUAUUAUAUUUUCAUUUCUAGAUUAUCUAGCGGCAAAUAAAAUAAUUACGUCCUGAUGAAUCGAGAGGAUGGAUUCUCAUCACUUGUCACCCAAGCCCGUCUAAAAUGUGAGGAAGGGAAUUUUCAUGAGUCACUCAAGCUUUGUCAGGAUGCCUACGCAAUAAAUCCUUCCUCUAGUCUUAUGCGAAAAAUUGUCCGUCUUCAAAAUUUACUAAGCCAAGAUACCAAGGAGAACAUUCCAAUAGCUCCCGAAAAAUCUGACAGUCCUUCAAAAGUAAGAUUUUUGUUGUUUUUACUGCUUAUGCAAACAGGGAGUUGCUAAGUACUUUGUUUGUGAGUCUGAGAAGUAUGUGUCUCCUAGUAAAAUAACUGACAGCACUAAUCUUCUGAAGGAAGCGUAUCUAUGUGUUCCAUCAGCUGAGAUUGAAUCAAAGAUUGAGCGAAUUGAACCAGCACAUCCUACAACCUAUACUAGUACUCCAAACACGAAAGAAGCUUUAGGGGAAGAAAAGGUUUAUGAUGGUAUUCAGUUCACUCUAAUUGAUAAAGCAAAACUGUUAUAUCAAUCUGGAGACUACGUUGAAUGCCUUCGUCUUCUUAAAAAAGCCUACAAUCUUAAGCAAUGCGAUAAAGUAAAGCGGAAAAUUGAAAGGAUUGAAAAUUAUUUGAAAGAAAAUGGAAUUCCUGUUGAUCAUUAUGAUCAUAAGUUGCACACUAAUAGUGUUGUUACUGCAGUUGACCAUUAUAAUGAAAAGGACCCUCCUAAACUCACCUAUGAUUUGGUCGAAAUAGCUGAUGGAUUUAGUGUUCCUAAGUUGUUAUAUGAUAAAUUGUAUGAUUAUCAAAAGUAUGGUGUUGAAUGGCUUUGGAGUUUACAUCAGAAAAAUUCUGGCGGCAUAUUAGCUGAUGAUAUGGGACUAGGUAAAACAGUUCAGGUUAUUGCUUUUCUCUCUGGCCUAUUCGUAUCUAGUAAAUUUUCUUGCACAGUGUUGAUUGUGAUGCCAGUCAGUGUUUUGGUUACUUGGGAAGCUGAACUAAAAAGAUGGGCACCAGGACUUCGUGUUAUUGUUUUUCAUGAUAACAGUCGAGCGGAUCGUCUUAAAAGUUUAGUAUCAAUCCAACGACAUGGUGGUAUUCUACUUACAACAUACGGAACACUUGUUUCCAGCAUAAAAGAUUUAUCUACUGAUUUAAAUGCAAAUCCUGAAUUUUUAAGGUCAUACAAAAAGCAAAAAUCCACUGACAAUGAUACCAGUGAUAUUCUUGCUAGAAUGGGUAAAGAAUUUCAUUGGACUUAUUUAAUAUUGGACGAAGGACACAAAGUCAAAAAUUCAUCUGCUAAGACGACUAAAGCAGCUCAAGCAAUUUAUGCAGAUCAUUGUAUCCUCUUAACUGGUACUGCUGUACAAAAUAAUCUCAGGGAAUUAUGGUCUCUUUACAAUGUAACUCAUCGUGGUCGUCUCUUAGGUACACAAAAAACGUUUUCUAUUGAAUAUGACAAGCCAAUAACUCGUGGACGCGAGAGAGAUGCUUCUCGUGCUGAAAAAGUACACGGUCAAUUAAUGGCUGAAAGUUUACGACGUAUAAUAGAUCCAUAUUUCUUAAGACGCACAAAAUCCGAAGUUUUAUCUCAACAGUAUAAUAUGAAUGCGGCUGUACCGAUCAAAGAUAAAAUGCCACGUAAAACAGAAAUUGUAUUAUGGGUGUACUUAAGUUCCAUACAAGAAUCCACAUACCGUGAUUUUUUACAACUUGAUAACGUAAAAGAAUUAUUAAUGCAACGUACAAAACGUUCACCAUUAAUGGAAUUGGUAAUUCUAAAAAAGCUCUGUGAUCAUCCGCGUCUUUUGUCUACUGAACAAUGUUUAAAUCUUAAUUUAAAUUAUGAUGGCAAUAGCAAAGGAGAUAAUUUUCAUAUUGAUGAAAUUGUUUCACAUAAAAUACAUUUUCCACCAUCAGAACAACUGAUUAAAGAAUCUGGGAAAUUCUUGUUUCUGCAUUGUUUGAUGAAACAGUUCUUGCUUGAAUUACAGUCAAAUCCACAAAGAGAUUCACCGCGCACGUUGAUAUUUUCACAAAGUAUAAAAUUUCUUGAUAUGGCUGAAAAAGUCAUUCUAGAUAUAAAAUGUCCUGUUAAUAAUUAUACAUUUGAUGACAAUUUGCACUGUCCUACUCAACAUCGUAUUUUACGAUUAGAUGGUCGUACUGCAAAAGUAUGCGAUCGUCUAAGUAUAAUUAAUAAAUUUCAAAAUGAUAAAUCUUAUACAGUUAUGCUGUUAACUACUCAAGUCGGUGGUGUUGGCCUGACAAUUACAUCGGCUAAUCGUGUUAUCAUUCUCGAUCCAAGUUGGAAUCCAGCUGUAGACUCACAAGCUGUAGAUCGUGCAUACAGAAUAGGUCAAAAACUAGAUGUAGUUGUAUACCGAUUGAUUACUUGUGCAACUGUUGAAGAAAAGAUUUAUCGUCGUCAAAUAUUCAAAGAUUCCGUAAUUCGUCAGACUACGUCGACGGGCCAAAACAAAACGGACUUAGAUCCUUACCGAUAUUUUAGUCGCCAAGAACUGGUUGAAUUAUUUAGUCUCGGAGACACACGUAUUUCUGAAACUAAACGGCAGCUAGAUAUAUUACACGAUGGUUCAGAUAGAUGGUCUGAUAGUUCGAUUAGCCCACAUUUAAAAUUCCUUAGUAGUGAUGCACUAAAGCAUGUUGUUUAUGGUUUAUCAUUUCAUGAUUUAAUGUUUAGUAAGGAAUCUAUUAAUGAAGGAGCUAUUGAUACAGAUCAUGAGAAAUUAUACGUUUUGAAUCGUUGUGUUGCAGCUGAACGUGCCAUAGCUGAAGAAUGCGCUGUUGAAGGAAGAGUAAUUGGUAAAGAAAUGCCAGCAGUCACAAUGACACAAGCAGAAAGUAUUGCAAAAUCAUUACCAACACAUUUAGCGAAUCUUAAUUUACAAAAUAAAUUACCACCUUCCAGCUACAACAAUCAUGACAAUCGUUUUAUUAAUCAUGUACCAUUAGAUCAAUUGUUCAAGCCUUCCAAGUCUGACACUCAUAGACCAAUGUUCAAUAGACCAGCAACAUCAUUUAACAAUCCACACACUAGCAUCAUACACACUUCAUCUAAUAUUGAACAUCGUAGUGGAAAUAUAAGUCCCAAUUCAAAUAUACCAUUAGUAUGCACCACUGCUGAGCAUCAAUCAGUUAAUCGCAUUAGUUCUGUAAAUACGUACGGGGUAAAUACACCCCUUUCGCCAAAGCUAGGACGUCAGUUACAAGAUGUUACUGAAGGUGUAGAAGUACAGCAGAAAUAUGGUAAUAGAUCUCUGGAAAUCAGGAAUUCUCCAACUAAUGGUCUAUCGGAUAAUGAGAGCCUCGAUACACCUCCUAGUGCACCAGUUGCUGAUAUAGCAUGCAUAACUAUAGAGGAUUCAAUUACACAAAGUUUGCGAGAAAUAAGUUUAACUCAGAAGACUCCAUCAAGACUUCAUGAUAAUGAGAAAACUAACAAAGGAUCAAAUAUUUUAAAAACUCCACUUCAUCAUCUUCGAACUUCAUUGAAUUCGAGAUCAUACUUUGCACCAUUUAAUUCAAAUUUUUAUCGUUCUACUCCAUUAUCUUCAAGGAAGUCAACAAAAAUUCCUCCUAAGGAACACUUUGAACAAUGUGGACAGGAAUUAAACGAAGAUCUCGGUGACGUCAAAUCACCAACAGAUUUUGAUCCCGCUCAAAAUUAUAUACAUAUGGAUAUUAGUAUGGACAUAAACGAAGAUGAUUUAGCUAAUACAGUAGAUAUGAAGUCAAUUCAGCAGGUACUUGCAAAAUCUGGUAUUUUGAAUUCUACUGAUUUAAACAAUAAAAAUGAAACUGAAGGAGGUGAAUCCAUGUCAAAUUCAAUUGAAAUCCAUAAAUCUUCCACUCAACAAGAACUUAAUUCAGUUUCGGAAGAAAAUAAUUUCACUAUAUCUUUAAGUGAUUCUGAAGUUGUCAUGGACUCUUACAUAAAUCGUCAGUCUGUCGAAAAGACGCAUAUUGAUGAUACUGAUGUUAUUGAAUCUAGUUUCUGAAGAUGAUUUUUAAAACUUGAUUUUAAAAUAUGUAAAUAGUACAUCAGUUCAUCUAAUCGUUACGUUUUUUUACGUUAGUAAAGAGUAAUGAUAAAAUAAUAUCUUAAUAAGUAGAAAAUAGAAUUUCUGUAGUUUCAUAGCAUAGUGUAAGUUGCUGCUUCAGAAACAAUUCAAUUUUCUACUUAAUGGGAUAUUACAAAUAUAUUAUUUUACCAUUACAAACAAUCCACUCAAUCCUUAAUGUAUUUAAAAGCACCCUUGUCAUAAUGGUCAGGCAGAAAAAUUUAUCAGGACAUUAAAAACUGGCAUUAAUUCCGUUUCUGUUUCAACAUUUGAUGAACUGGAGAGGGGAGUAGACAUAUUUCUACCGCAAUAUAGAAAUGCUAAACAUUCUGCAACGAAAGUGACAUUAUCUAAAUUAUUAGAAGCGAGAAUUCUUCGCUCGAAUGUGAAAUGCUUAGAGUCUGCAGAAGUUACAUGUUAUCGUGGAAACGAAUUUCAGCUAGCCGCGAGGAUCGGGGUGGAGAAUAUUGGGGAAAUCUGUCAUUUGAGUUCUAAGUAUCAAUGAUUAGAUUACAUGUUAACCAAAUACAAUUCCAGGUGAGUCCGUUCCGAUUUCGGUUGUUAACUUUUACAAUAAUGAUUACAUUCUAGACCAUAUAGAGUCUCUAUCGAAUACACAACCUGACAGACACAUGAUGGACCUAAGGUGACGACACAAUCGAUUGCAGGAAGUUUGAUUUCCAUGUAAGCUGUGGUGGUUGUAGUAUUUGUACUAACUGGUAAUUACUUUGUACUUGACUGUACGCUUGAAACGAAUUCCAAGUAUAAUACGUUCAUUUGUGCUCAUCUAGUUCUAUUGGCUAUAAACUGCACUAUUUCGGGAAGUCCUAGUUAGCACAUUAACCCGAGUACUUCUAAUUAUCACACUUAUUCACCCAUCAACAGCGUGAAGAUCACUUUAUUCAAAAUAUGUUCAUUUAUGUAUCGAUUUUAUUGACAUUUUAUAAAUAAAUGUCACAAAUAAUCGAAAUAGGAAAAAUACUAAAAUGAACAAAGUUAUUAAAACAAAAUACGUGCUGCACGUUAUAUUGAAUAAGAAAUCACUCUGAAUUAAAUCCAAAUGUUUAUCAUAUAGAACUAAAAACAGAACACAAAUUACAGUGAGUUAGAAUGUAAACUUUCAAAUUUAUCCUGUUCUAAGAUUAAUAUAGAACUAAGAUAAUGUAAUUAUAUUACACUAUCUUCCAUGUUUGUCAAUAUAUAACAGUAUAACAUAGUAUUAUUUACUAAAUGACAAUAUGGAGAAAAAACUUAUUAUUCAUAGUCUCAAGGUUGAAAUAUUCAAACUAUAUUCUAAAAAAAAUGAACUAGAAGUGAUAAUGAUAUAGCAGCAUUCCGAGUCCAUUCUUUAGUUCACAUAAACAUUUUCGAAAAAUAAUUUUCAUCACAAAUUGAUAACAUUUGGAUAGAAUGAUUUGCUAAUCAUCUAGUUUACGGAUCCUACAGUGUGGUGUACCAGUUGUGAACACAUCCAAAGUAUGGUACACACAGGAUUGAAUCUAGUACUUUCAAAUCUUAUAACAGAGAGAAUGAUAUCAUGAAGUUAUUUUUAAGCAAGAAUCCGACACUGCGCAAUUUUGGAUCGAGUUAUUCUGUAAAUCUGUUUCGCAAAUUAUUUUUUCAUUUAUAAGCAUUAAAAACAAUACAUAAUACUGAACAAAAUUUAUGCAUAAAUAUAUGUAGGAC